AUGCCUCCACCCGGCCUCCCAAAUGGCAGUCUCACACCUCUACCCACAACAUCAUCUCCAGAAUCAGCUCAAUCAUCCAUUCACAAUGCCGCCUCCUUAGCCUCCAUCCAAAAUAUCCUCUCAACCCUCCACACACGCGAUGCAGCCAUCACCUCUAGCCUCCAAUCUCUCAUUUCAUCUCAAGCUUCCCUCUCCCGCGACCUCGGUCGACUCGACCUCCUGCGCGCACAUCUCGGCACAAAUGUUAUACACACCAGAGCGAUUUCCAAUGGAAUGCUGGAUAAUGCGGCCAGCACGGCCGAGAAACUUAGCUCGAAAGUGAAGGAAUUGGAUUUAGAGAAGAAACGAGUCGAGGAAACAUUGGGCGUUGUAGAACAAGUCGCAGAAUUAAAAGCAUGUGUAAAUGGUGUGGUGGGCAGUAUGGGGGCUCCGCAGGACUGGGAAGCUGCAGCGGGAUAUAUUGCAAGAGCUUCGAAAAUCCCGGUACACAUUGUUGAGGGUAAUUUCGCGGCGAGGACGGUUCCAAGUGUCGAGGUCCCCGAUGCGCCUGGAGUGACAAUUGAGGAGGCGAAGAAAAGUUUGUGUGGAUUGUUUUUGAGGGAGUUUGAAAAGGCAGCAGAGGAGGGGGAUGGGGUGAGGAUUACUAGGUUUUUUAAAUUAUUCCCCUUGAUUGGGAGGGAAGAGGUGGGGUUGGAUGUUUAUGGGAGAUAUGUUUGUCAGGGGGUAGCAGGAACGGCGAGAAAGAAUUUAAAGGAGGGAACGAAAGGAGAGAGGGGUAAGGAGGGGUUCUUUUAUGUGCAGGCAUUGACGAGGUUAUUUGAACAUAUUGCGCAGAUUGUUGAGGGUCAUGGAGGGUUGGUAGAAAGACACUAUGGCGCCGGGAAGAUGGUCAGGGUGAUAGAGAGAUUACAGGUCGAGGCUGAUGUGCAAGGUGGAAUAGUUUUGGAUACGUGGGGAGACGAGAAGAAUGUUGAUAGAAGGUUAACGGAUGUGAAAAGUUAUCCGUUUUCAUUUCUAGUGCAAAGUUUUCUACCAAAUCAAAGACCAACGGGAAUUUCGAGAACAGGCUCACCCGCGGUUGGAAAUGCAGCCAAUGGAAGGGCAAGUGAAGAUGAGGGCGUGGACAUGAAAGAAGUGGAUGGUCUUUUAAAUGAGAUGGCCGUGAUGUUAGGGCGUUGGUCACUAUAUAGUCGAUUUUUGAGCGGUAAAUGCAGGGAUCCGGAAGCUAGCCCUGAAGGGCCCUUAAUCAUGCCAGACUUUUUAGACAAAUCGGCCUUGAGCCGAAAAAUCUCAAAUCGUCUGAGGGACCCUUUUAAUGUUAUGACUACAUUUUUCUUUCGACGAUCCGUGGAGAAAGCAUUUCAAUUGGAUGAAUCUCCUGCAGGGUUAUCUCUCAAUCUAUCAAAACCUAUAGAUGGAAACUCCCCAUAUAUAAUUUCGGCUGUAGACGAUGUCAUGUAUAUUGUCAACACAGUACUCAAAAGAUCUAUCUCAACAUCACAGCGUGGUGUAAUCGAAUCCGUCAUUCCAGCAGUUGGUAGAGUUCUGGGUACUGAUUUUGUAGGAAUGGUCCAGCGCAAAAUGCGAGAUGAAUCCUACCCGAAACCACUCGUACAAGGCGGAUUUCCACCGGAAGACAAAAUCACCGCUUUUAUCGUUCUCAUAAACAGUCUUGACGUUUCAAAUGAUUAUAUUUACCGAAUCGUGUCAAGUCAUCUUCAAUCAUCGGAAACAAGCGGUGCAUCUCAUACUAAAGGUGUACCACCUGCUCCAGCACUUAAGGAUAUCUUCCCCUAUGACCAUGAUGCUACCUUCGUUUCUAAUUCACUCACAAGUCUCAACGCAACAUUCUCAUCAAAGACCAACGAAUUAAUCAGCGAAGGUCUUCAAGUAAUGUUCAAUAAUGUUAUCAAACCGCGUCUUCGUCUCGUUUUAAGCGAAACUUUCCGGGAUGUUGAUUAUUCCCUCACAUCAGAAGAUCUCGCUGAAAUUGCACGUCAAAAUGAUACCGAUGAUGACCCUCAAGAAAUCCUUCAGGAUAUGGUAUCUCGGCGUUUCGAACAUCAUUGGGAUGCUCUCAUGAAACCUAUUCAAAGAAUCAUGUCUACAUCACCAUUCAAUACCCUACUAGAACAAACUGCUCAAUAUCUAGCAAGAGUUUUAGAGAGAAGAGUUUGGAACUAUAGUGGCAAAAUGAACGCACUAGGAGCAACUAGAAUGGAGCGAGAUUAUGGAGGAAUUGUGGGAGUAAUUGCUAGAGGAGGGAAGUAUGGAUUGAGAGAUGUUUUUGCAAGGGUAAUGCAGGUUGCUAUGGUAGUUAAUAUGGAUGAGGAGGAAUGGGAAGCGGUUAAUGUUGAGGGCGGAGGAUUGGGUGAAGAGGAGGUAGAGAUGGUAUGGGUUUUGACGGUGGAUGAGAGAACGAAGGCUAGGAAUAUGGUCAGGGGAUGA